UCACGUCAGAAAAUCAAUACAUGCGACAGAUUCCAUCCAUCUGGAAUUUGGUGACACUCCUAUUUUCCGUCUAUUUAGAUUUCCAUGGUGGUCUUGCAGAGUUGACAUAAGUUUAGAACGCAGAAGUUUCCUUUCAUUUUUUUCAAGGUGUUGUUUUUGUCAAAGAUUGGGAAUCUUAGCCGGUCACCUAAUCCGAUCACGCACAACGUUUGUGAAGCAGCCAAGACGACCGAGGCUGGCGGUCGAUGGGCUGUGGUCGUCGGUGUGCGUCAGAACUGGUUUCAUACCGAAGAGUCGGAAACCAACACAGACCUUCAGGAUACACUGACUGAAAUUCUUCCCCUGUAUCGUGUCCCACCAUGUCUUCAUCCUCAUCGGGCGGGACCCAGGUUCUUAACCAAGAGGCCAUUAGUAGUGGCACCAAGGAGGUAAUCAAAGGGCUGGAACAACUCAAAAAUGAGCACAAUGACAUCCUCAACAGCCUGUACCAGUCCUUGAAGGUAGUGAAGAAGGACCAUGGAGAUUCCAACCUUGUGGAAGAGAAAACUGGCAUCAUUGAGAAGUCAUUGGAGAGCCUUGAGCUGGGACUUGGGGAGGCAAAGGUGAUGAUGGCUCUUGGCCACCACCUUAACAUGGUAGAGGCUGAGAAACAGAAGUUACGAGCCCAGGUAAGGCGGUUAGUUCAAGAGAAUGCCUGGUUGAGGGAUGAACUAGCAGCCACGCAACAGAAACUACAGACCAGUGAACAGAACUUGGCAGAACUGGAAGAAAAAUAUAAACACCUAGAAUACAUGAAUUCCAUAAAGAAAUAUGACGAGGACCGCACACCUGAUACUGAGGAAACAGCAGAACCCUUGGAUUUGGGCUUCCCCGAAGAUGAAGAUGAUCAACAACAACCAGAGGAUCAAUAUCCUCAGCAGCAAGCCAGUCCAGGUGCUGCAGCCGCUGCUGCAGGUGGCUAUGAGAUCCCUGCUAGACUACGUACUCUGCAUAACCUUGUCAUACAGUACGCAUCCCAGGGACGUUAUGAGGUUGCUGUUCCUCUGUGCAAACAAGCCCUAGAGGAUCUAGAGAAGACAUCAGGUCAUGACCAUCCUGAUGUGGCCACCAUGCUGAAUAUUCUGGCCCUGGUCUACAGAGAUCAGAAUAAGUAUAAGGAGGCAGGCAAUCUAUUACAUGAUGCCCUUGCCAUCAGAGAGAAGACACUAGGGCCAGAUCAUCCAGCGGUUGCAGCUACAUUAAACAACCUGGCUGUUCUCUAUGGCAAGAGAGCCAAGUACAAGGAAGCUGAACCUCUCUGUAAGAGAGCCUUGGAAAUUCGAGAAAAGGUGCUGGGAACCGGUCAUCCAGAUGUUGCUAAGCAACUGAACAAUCUAGCCCUACUGUGUCAGAACCAAGGCAAAUAUGAGGAGGUCGAAUGGUAUUACAAACGAGCCCUCGAAAUCUACGAAACCAAGCUUGGACCUGAUGACCCCAACGUUGCCAAGACCAAAAACAACUUGGCGUCUGCCUACCUGAAACAAGGCAAAUACAAGGCAGCUGAGACUUUGUACAAGCAAGUCCUGACAAGAGCACAUGAGAGAGAGUUUGGAGGGACGGAUGAUAAAGAUAUCAAACCAAUAUGGAUGCAGGCUGAAGAGAGACAGGAGAAGGGCAAGUUCAAAGACAAUGCUCCCUAUGGUGAAUAUGGUGGGUGGCAUAAAGCAGCCAAAGUUGACAGUAGUAGUCCCACAGUGACAACAACUCUCAAGAACCUUGGCGCCCUCUACAGACGACAAGGCAAAUACGAAGCAGCCGAAAUUCUUGAAGAAUGUGCCAUGAGGUCACGGAAAAAUGCAGCCGAUGCCGUGAAAGAAUCUAGGGUAAGAGAGCUUCUCAACAAAGACCUCUCUACUGAUGUCCCACGCCAUGAAGCUAACCGUAAGCAUGAUCAUAGGCGGGGUGGCAGUGGCCCUGGCUCCCGACGAGAGAGUACAGACAGCGUCUCGUAUGAGAAGCAUGAUGGGACAGAAGAAGUGAGUAUUGGAGCUGUUUGGAGUGGGAGCGAGAACGGCCUGAAACGUAGCGGGUCUCUUUCCAAGCUCCGGGCAUCGGUUCGUCGCAGUAGCACCAGACUCUUGAACAAAUUGAAGGGGCGUGAGUCAGACGAUGAAGGCGGCAUGAAACGAGCUAGCUCCAUGUCAGUCCUCACCAGUCGGGCAAAUGAUGAUGCCAGCUCUCCAAUCCAACUCAGUCAGCGUGGGCGAGUGGGAAGCCAUGAUAACCUCUCCAGCCGACGUCAGACAGGUAACUACUGACCAAUCAACACUCCUCCAGCCUCUGUAACAUAAACAGAUCCUUCCUUGCUACCAAUAUGUCGUCACUGUGGCUUGAACUGCACCCUGGUUACCAGCCAUUUCCUGUGUAUUUUUUCAGAAACGGAUGUAAAUGUCAGUGUUCUAUUUGCAUUCUAGUGUAAACUGCAGUUAAUUGAAUUGUAUAAAAUAGAAAGGUACUGUAAUCCAGGAGACUUGGUGGCAGUGUUUAGUGAAAGCAUGGUACAUGGUUGUAUGAAAUCAGUAGCUCUUUAGAAACAGAGUAUGAAGCAGAGUCUACCGUUGCUAUGAAAUUAUAACUUACAAGGUAAGUUUGUAACAUAAUCUUGGAUCAGGUUUUUUUUUGUUAUCCCCUGUUGGUUGUUCAAUAUUUAAAAGGAUGAGGUCUGCAGCUCUGAUCUUUGUGAUGACUUCCCAGUUGCUUACCUAAAAAGGUCCACUGCCCAUUGAAUGUAUUUGUGUGUACAUUUAUAUGAAAUGGCUACAAAUGUAUUUGUGUCAUCAAUGUGUUGGGUUUUUCUGUUGAUUUUGUUUGUCUUUACCACUUUGUUUUUGUUUUGUAGAUGAUUUACUAAGUGUUGAUAUAAAAGGAGUGCAGGAACAAGUCGAGGAGCCUCCAGUUAUUUGAAAAGGUUGAAGACGUUCAGUUGUUGAUGCUUUCUUUCACGUAUUUCAGGGAAUAUUCUUGGACUUUUCUCUUGGCUUGAACCUUUAGGUUUCAAAAACAACAUACAGCCAUACAUAUAGCAACUAACCUCACUUACUCUUACGCUCGCUCUUGACCUUUUUUGGCAUAGGAAAAUAUACAGGCAUCUAAAAACGAAAGCAAUGUUAGUGGUUAAUGGUGGAGCACUGCCUUAACUGCCAAACAAAAUCUUCGCAUGUCUAUUAUUUAAGCACCUGUCAUACUCAGUUUGUGAAAACUGAGCUGUAAAAUCUAGCUGCGCUUGAAAUGCAAGUUGAGGGAUAAAUUUCAAAAAGCUGUUGCCAACACUGGAAGGAUUCGCUUGGAAAAAGAUAUCCUGUUGAGAUGUCAUGCACUUUGCAUUGCUGCGUACUGUUUCAAUAACAAGUUCAGCCAUUUGCAUGAAUGCAUGUGGUGACACAAACAUUCAUCCCAAGCCAAGUGGUUGUGAAUUAGCUUCACUGAGUUGAAUUUUGUCAGAAGCUGCCUUUAUUUUGGAAAGUUGCCAAUGAGUAUUCCCUUUUCACGUUCUCAACAACAAUACAUAAAACAUAAUGUGGAGAAAUCUUCAUGGGUCAUCUGUGACAUGGGUUGAUUCAUUCUCAUUUUUAGUAAUCAGCAUUCAUUGACAGGUCACCACGCAAGUCAUUUAAUACAUAUACAUGAACACUGUCAAUUGGCUACUCAGUCAGCAUUCUUGGAAAUGAGAUCACAAAGCAUGCUUUCCUGUAUACAAAUAACAUCGUAUGGGAUAAAUGAAAAGCUAUGAGACAAAUAGACACCUGUUGUUUCCUGUCUUCUUGGCUUGAUCUGGAGGCUCAAUGUGCUUUUGGCCUUGUCUGUUUGCAUCUUACAGUCUGUCUCUAGAUACGAGUGGUGCUGGGUAGAAAAUAGUCUGAACAAACCAUUUCCUGAAUUGUCAGGUUAAAUGAAUAAAUAAGCCUAUACGACAUUUAUUUGACCCAUUUUGUUUUUAUUUUCAGAAUUUUGAUGCCGGUAAAUUUCUACCUGUAUAUUCAAACAACAGGGAAUGGGGAAGAGAAUAGUUUGGUUUCAGACAGAGAGUUAGGUUUGGGAUGGAAUGGUCAAGAUAUUUAUAAGUGUCUGGUUCAGAUUAAACUUACAAAUCCAUUACUCAUUGUACUGAAGACUCUGGCUUUUGUGAUGUUAAGCAGUUGAAGCUAAAACACAUCAAUACCCCCCUCUUCAGUUCAUGCUACUCCACCACAGUCUAUAAAUCAAGUCUCCACAAGUCAGUCUCAGGUCAUCCAGUUUCAAAUUUGCAUUAGUACAGUAGUUCAAAGGUGAGAUUGAGUCAAGUUUUUUCUGAUUUCAUGAUUUUUUCAUCAGGAUUUUUCAAACAAUUGAGAAAAUGCCAAGAUUCUCAUAAAGGUUUUUCUGCUAAAAGUUAAUAUGGAACACACAAAUGGGUAUUUUAAGGAGUUCCUUUAGGAAGACACAAAUGUAUACCAUAGACCCUGGUGUGCUGCUGCGGGACCCUCAAAUCCUCUGGUGAUUAUUUUGUGACUAUUUUGAGUUGUAGCCCAAGCAUGUUUUUUUUAUCAUUUAGGGCAGUUCUUUCAGUUUGACUUGUGAUUCAUGUAAAUUCAACUAAGGCUACGUGUACAUUCCUUUCCCAACCCUGGUCACCAGUAGAAAGACAUGUACAUGUAUUUCAUUCUAUUUAUUUGACCAAUUCCAGGAAAUUCAUUCUCAAACCAACUCUCUGCAUCUGUUUUUAACCAGGCACCAUUGUUGCAUCAUUCUCAUGAUUUUUCACUGCAUCUGCCAUACAAGUCUCCUAUCACAUCAUGUAUAUAUAGUAAGAAACCUUGUUGUAAAACUGGUGUAGUCAUGUGGAAGGUGUGGUUUGUAAUUUGGGGAUUUUGGGGGGAUAGCAGGGUUUUGUCAGUUGUAAUAUAAGCUGAUGGCUUUGCUUGGUAAGUCGUAGCUUCAGGACUGUGAAGAGUUACCUAUUGGCAUAAAAAUUGAACCUACAUGUAUAACUAAGAUUAGUAAGCAAACUUGUGUGUGUACAUAAUGUUUAACUGACUUCAAAACAAAGAGGAAAUUUGUCAAGAAAAUUGAAUUUAAAAUGAAUAGGAUGUGCAGUGCAUGAAACCACAAGAUGAGAUUUGAUAGCUGAGCUAAAUCCAACUUACUCUGGCUUUUCCAACCAUUUCUUCUUCAUAUACGACAAAGGUCUCGCAGACAUUUGAAAAAAAAAAGUUUCAAGAAGAGAAACACAUAGAAAAAGUGUUUGAAAGCAUUUGGCUUGAUUUGUGUAGAGUCUGAUUCUGCCCAGUUUACCAUAAUCAACAUUUGAAAGAGCCUCUGUAGGUUUGAUUUUAGCCCUAUUUGGAAGGUUGGUUUUCCUGGAAUACUCAAGUCUGUGUGUGCACUGAAACUUUUUUCCUGCUUGAUCCCCUCAUUGGUAGUGACUGAAGAUAGCCUAGUGUCCCAAAACCACAUUAUUUUCUCUUUCUGUAUUUAAAAUGAAGAUACUAGGUUCCAGUAGUAAAUUCCUCUAGUGAUACAAAUUCUAUGGUUUAUGUUUCUUCAAGAUGUAUUUAUAUUUGAAAGAUCUGUAACAUUUUUGCUUUUUAUUGACAACACUAACAAUUUGUGUGUGGUUUGAAGUCAGUUUUUUAUUUUGUCAGAGAUGUAAUUCCAUUACCCAGUAAUUCAAUCCUUUUGAAACCAGUACAGUUAUUUUUAGGAGGAUCUGAGUCUGGCGACCAUAAGCCUGUUGUACUAAAGCAGUAAAGCUCACUCAUUUUAGAGAGACUGGCAUAUUAUCACAACCCGACUGGUGAAUUUCUUGUGUUUAUUGUAAUUAUAGUCUUUUAAAGUAAAUAAUAUAUGUAUCUACAUAGCUAGUUGUAAAUGUGUAAUUAAUGUAAGUUACAUUACUUGAAAUGCUUUGCUACAGUUAUUUUCGCAUUGGUAAUUGGUACACUUCUGUUUGAAACAGCAAACAUUGUGUGAUGAACUCUCUGAUAUUUCCAUCCUUACUGAACAUGUUUGGACAACGACGUAAUGAAUUCAACCCCAGACCAGAAUUGUAAAGUAAACUAGUAGAAACAAACGUACAACACAAGUCUUGAGAAAGAGACAUGUAUUUGUUCGCUUCAGUGUAGUAGCCACGUCAAGAGACCAGAAAACCCACUUGGAACAGGUGAGUGUUGAUGUGAUCACAUACAUACUAGGUUUAGCAUUGUGGUUAUCCGUCCAUUGUGGCGCGUCAUUCUUAUUUAGAUGUUAACUUUGACAGUAGAUUUAACCAGUGCCAAUCAUUAUACAUAAUGAUUUCUCUGUUUGGUUAUUUUCAAUUCACAUCCACAUUCUUGUGACUUGAUCAACUGCAAAUUGACAGUGGUCCUUUACUACAGCACAGUGUCAUUUGAAAUUUAAGCCAUUUAUGACUAAAAUAUCAUUUGAGGAAAGAUUUGGGUUAGCCUAAAGAAUGUUCACAGAUGUCAAUAGAAAAAUACUGGAAUUUGGUUCACAUCAUAUACAUCAAAAGCUGUGACAUGUUCUAUCCAGUCGUCUGUGGAUUUGCUCUUCAAAUCGAUAAUCCUAAACAACAUGCAUAUCAUUGUAAGUCAACUUGUACAAAUGUGGAGUCACAUCCGGUAGAAUAAAAAGAACUUGUCUGUUCGUGAAAUUUGACAUUUUCCUCAUUUGGGUCAUCCAUUAAAACAACAUUUGUCUUUUGACAUGCUUUACAUAUUGUACAUGGAGCGGUGCCUUUAUUUAGGAUGGUCUAUACUUAAUGCUUAAAGUUUACAUGGAUACCUGUGAGGUAAUAUCAAGAUGUCCAGUCUUGAUCAUUUCAAAUCUUUGUUGGUGGUGCAAUUUUUGUAGAAACAAGUACAUGUAUGUAUGUGUUUGAGUAUUGACUAGUAGGUAACUUCACUUCGAUUGUACUGCUUGGCCUUGAGUUCGGCGUGUCAUCAGCAAUCGUGUUGAAUGAGACAUUUUCGCAAUCAUAUCUACCAGAGGUUGGAAUAGAGUUUUUAUUUCAUCACACCAAUUGAAAUACUGACUCAGAGAGAACCCCCCGUAAGACAGACCACACCCAGGGUACAUCUCUCUCAGGGGUUCCUCUCUAAAGCUUUAACCCUUUCUAACACAUUGUUUAAUGUUGGCAUUACAACAUGGUUACAAUUGCUAGGAUGAGCAUUUUGAAAGGAUAGCUGUAAUGUAUAAAUACUGGAAACAAAUUCAUUUUACAUGAAAGAGAGAGUGGGAACUGUUCAAGUAUGUGCACCUUCAAGACAUUUCAAAGUGGUAAACUGAGAUAUGUAAUCACAUAUUUCGUGGUUUUUCCAGAAAAUAUAGAGGGGAAACAGCUUGCAAUCAUUUCCAUUUGAAAUUAAGAAAAGGUUUUGGUUUUGGAAAAGGGAAGACCCAGAUUGGUUAGCAUCAGGGAUUGUUUAGACAUUGAAACAACAUGCCCUUUCCCCUGCAACUGUCAGAUUCAGUGCCGAGUAUGGAUAGUAAAUACAAACAUGUAGCAAUAGCAUCACAUCCGUUGUGCUGAUUUUUUUAACUAAACCUUGAGCAAUACUUAACAAUGUCAUUCAUUCGUACAAUGUAUGGCAUUACUGUAGACAUUUAUUUCUGUGGAUCAAAAUACUUGUGUAUUUUGAGUUAUGGUGUUGGAACUCCCUAACUCGUGUACCCUACGUGUAUCAAAUGCAAUAUAAUCCUGGUAGAUGUCAUAGCUGUAGAGAGGGGUAAAGUAGAAAUCAUUCAGUUGUAGGUUUUACAGUUCUAGUACAAAUUUGCAUGCUACAUCUGUGGACUAACGUGCCUAUAGUGGCCACCUUGUUAUAGGGGGCACCUGUCCAGACCAAGGUUCCCUAGGUCCAAUUAGUGAGAAGUCAAAUGUUCAGUGUAUCCUGUGACAUACCAUGGGUCCUUGCUGUAUGGAUAUACUAGGGUCAAUUAUAAUUUGGUGCCCACUGUAUGUGGGUUUGGCAGUUUUUAUUCCAUGUUUGUGAAACAAAGCAACGAUACACCAUUGGUUUGCUUCUCAAAAUGUUGAUGGUUUGAUGUGAAGUCGAGGCUUUGCGAUUGCAGCAUUUAGGUUGAGUAGCUGUUUGAUAACAAAGGGGUCAUCAAUUUGCUUUUCAUUUUUACAACGGUAUAACAGGAACUCUUGCCCCCGCCCCACUUACCAACUGAAGAGGACAAAAAUUGUAAUUUAUGCUGGGUAUUGUCAUCAUUUACUCUGGGUAUUGUCAUCAUUUACUCUGGGUAUUGUCGUCAUUUACUCUGGGUAUUGUCGUCAUUUUUAAUAUUUUGAAAUUUGGAAAGCAUGGCUAACUCCCUACCACCCCCCUUUCACCUAACGCACAGUUUGUGCACUCGUGAGAAUGAUGGGAAGGAAUGGAUGGCUCAUAUUAGCGUGCUGUAAAUUGCUUAUCUGGUUAAUUUUCAUGUAAAAGAACUCACUGCAACGUGAGCUACAUAAAGUAACUUAGACAAUCGUGAAAACUGAUGCCAAUAAAAUAGCUUGGAAAUAUAUUCUCAUAGUAGUGAGAAUAGCUGAUUGCUUAAACAAUGGUGUAUCGAAAGGGCAGAUUCACUGUACUAGAGGAAUUGAUGUUAAACAUGAGAAUUUCAAAAACUGGCCAAACAUCAAGCACCCUUUCAGUACAUGAGGUCUAACCCUGUGCUAUCUGGUUUGGUGCCUAGCACCAGACUGAAAUCUAAAUGACUUUUGAGCAAUAAUUUCAUAUUGGCAUGGACUUUUUUAAGGGGAACAAAAUUGUUUCACUCGUGUUGCUAUGGUUUUCCAGUCAUUUUAGUUUUGACUCUGAGUUACUGGACCAUUGUCCACCAGUUAUAGUCAGUUUAGUGUCUGUAUUAAUAUUCAUAUUGAAUUCCAUUUUAGAGAUAAAACUUGCUUUUGGCUCUUUGUGGUUAAAAUUUUUCUUUCUGUUUAAUUGAAACAAAUUCUCUGCAGAUGUUUAAAUCCGCCGUAAGUCAAUUUUUGGUUUCUAAACUUUUGUGGUUUCUUAUAUUUGAUAAAUCUAGAGCCAACAUGGCAAUAAGUAAUGUACAAAUCAACAUCCUUGGAUGUUUUGUCACAUCAUUAGCUUGACUUUUUUUUACCUCUCAAACUCGAUUAGAAUUUAUUUUCCUGUCACUUGAUUGAUUGCGAAAAUGUGGUAUGGGAGUGAGUUAAGUAUUAAAUCUCAAACACAUACAUGUACAUGUACUUGAUAGUCUGUGUGAAAUAUAUGCUUGGCUUUGGUUGUGUUUAAGGGUUUUAACAGGAAAUUCCCAAAGCAACACAUUCCAAGGUGCCAAAUGGGUAAAGUGAUAAUUGUAGUGGACAGUGGUAGUGUCAGAUAAUGAAGUGUAUCUCAGUCAGUUUAUACCAAGUCACGAUUUGCUACUUAAAACUGUGUCAUGGUAUAUUUUAAUGCCUUAGAUUUGAAGUAUGGAACGAAUUUAGAAAAAACAUGUAGAAAUGUGUAUAAGCUUGACAGAAAUCUAGGAUUGUGCAGAUGGUCUAACAUCAGUCCCUAUUCCCAGAAGGGUGAUCACUAUAUAUGGUAGAAUUUGAAAAUAAUUAGUCAGGAAAAUACUUCAUCCGUAUUAUUUGAUUAUCAAAGAGUUUUUUCUUAUCCAAGGUAUUAAUUUUGUGAUAUUAGUGUAUUGAAUGCCUUAAUGGCACACAAUUUCUAAUACCUUGUACUUUAUUGCAAUUCACCCAUUUCAAGGACUUUAGUCGUCGUUUUUGGUCCAAGUCCAUUAACCCAAAAGAAAAACAAAAUGAACCAAAUUGACCAUUUUGUAAGUAAAUGUAUUCCUGAUUGUCUUACUGCAUUAAGUUUCCAACCACUAAGAUCUUUUGUAUUUCCUUAUUUAGUUAUUUUAAAACUGACACAUCAGCAACUUCAGCUUCCUAGUAUAGCAAAUGAUGCUCUGUUGCUAUGGGAGGCAUUACUAGUGAAGUCAAUGUGAUUGACUCUCUAUAAAUUGUUGACGCUACUGGUGUUAUCAAGCUAAGUCAAAGUCGACCCAAAAUUUGUCAAGAUGUAAAUUCUAUUGUAGUGGCCCUGCAACUUUAAAAGUACGUAGCAACAGAAGUUAACGUUGGAGUAAUAGUGCUGUUACUCCAGAAUAUGCCGAUGCUUUUAGUAAUGGAUCAGAAGAUAUUACCGGUGUCAUGGCUGUAGAUGUUGAGAAACAGUUUGACCAAAGAUUGUGGUUGGGAGUUGUCUUAUCAAUGGGCAGUAUGACAUUGUUAUAAUUAUUAAUUGUUGAAUUAAAAUGAACUUGUGACAAGAG